AUGGGACGCCGCAAGCGACUUACAUCCACUCAGUCAUCAGCCUCUAGCAUUCCUGAACCACUCCAAGGACGACCUCGCCAGAAAAUCCGAACGGGAAAAUCAGCCAAUAGUAACAUGGUUGCCGACUCUAAUGAUGAAGACGACCUUCCAGCUACUGAGGGAGUAAAAUGCCUCAAUGACUGA